UGAAUUUGGAGUACCUAGAGCUUACCAACAACACACUUAACAUAGACUUUCUUGUAGUAGAAUUAUCUUUAUGGAAAAUUUGACAAGAAGUAGAAGGUGCACCAUCCUCAUCGACCCCUGCUGCUGCUCCUCUCCCGCACGGGGCCAAACCCCUGCGCCAGCUCCGCUGCCGUGGCACAAGCACCUCCUCACGGUGGCCCACUCCAACUGCUCCUCUCUUGCACUCGUCCUCCUCGCAAAAAAAAAAAAAAAAACCCACGCCCUCGCCGCUGGGUCACUCAACAUCAGCGCGCUCACCAGCGACUAGGCCACCGUCGCUGCAGCGUCCGCGCUGGUGGCCCUCGCCCUCGCCGCCUUCUUCGACUGCUGCACGACCCAUCUCGCCUGUGCCACCGAUGUCGUUGACCUGCUCUCAUGCGAGGACGCGCGCCUGGGCUCCCCGCAGCGCCCGUCGCGUCCAAGGACAGGGCCGACGUCGCCACCAACCUCAGGAGUGAGGAGGCUCCUACUAGGGUCCUCCAACUGCGCGGCCACCGGCGUCCCUACAGCGGUCUUGUUCUCCAAGGUGCCCGCCGUGCACGGGGCCUUCCGGGAUUCGGCGUGGGCCCUCCACGCCUGGGUGCGCGGCGAGCUCAAUGGUCCGGUAGACCGGUACUGAAGCUCGGGAACCAAGGAGGAGACUUUGAUACUGAUGACACUGGUGCAACCUCAGCACUGCUCCCUGCACUUGUCCUACAGAGACUACAGGGUAAAGUGAAGAAAGCUACGGAGAGCAGUGAAUUAGCGAGGAGAUUCCCUAACGUUCCCAAGGCGCAAGAGAAGGGGUGUACCAGAUGAAACACUGAAAAAAUUGGAAGUCUAGUGAACACCAGAGGACUGGCGCAGCUCAUUUCUAGCGCGCCUUCAUAAGCCUCCUGUGCAACGCUCGGUUCGAAGAGCUGUCCGUGCAGGAUCUCUUUCGGACCUACUAUAUGAACAUUGUUAGAGAUAUAUUUGGGAUACAUGUAUUUGAUAGUCUAGAAUUUGUAAUCCGUCUUCUACCUUAUCUUUAGAAGAGUUUCUUGCCCUCCAAGUCUUGCACUCAAUAUAUA